AUGAGUGCUGAGUUAGUAUCUUUACCGUGUCCAAUAUGUUUACAUACUGGUGUGUUUGAAUCGGCACAAGCAUUAAAAGAUAGAUUGAUAUAUGUUUCAACCAACAAUAUUAUGUGCCCAAUAUGUCAUGAAUCAAUAACAGGGUUAGAUAAAUUCACUAUACAUUUGUUUAGUCACGUCCAGUUAAUAUCAUCAGAAAAGCCAUCGGAAAAUUUUGAAACUACGAAAACAAAACCUGGAAUAAGACAAGUAAAUCAAGCAUCAAUUGCAACGCAGCAAAAGAAAACCAGAACGACGGCGACUAAAAAUAAACCACCGACAGCUAUGGUACCAGUGAAAUUUGUUAAAAUAUACCCAAAACUGCCUGUGAUAGCUUUGAAUACUGUGCCUGUUAUAGAUAUUUCUGAAGGAUCUGCCAACGGAUGCGUGCAGAGUAAUAAUUCAUUAUACAUACCAACUGUAAAAACAAAAGCAGCACUUAUCCAGACCGAUAAUAAAUGUGAUAUUUGCGGAUUGCAGUUUCUCGAUUCUGAUAUUUUAAGAAAACAUGAAUGUUUAACUCGCAACGUAGAUGAUCAUUCGGAGAACAAUUACGCGAGAUAUUAUUGUCACUUAUGUCCGAAAAAUUUUAAAAUGAGGGGUUCUUUAAUGGUACAUUUGAGAGUAGCCCAUUAUGGAUUUUCCUCCAUACAUAAGACCGAUAACACGAAUAACAGCAGUGAAAAGAAUACUAAGGAUGAUAUACAAGACAAGCCUUUAACCCCUGAGAAAAGUGAUGGGAAACAAUGGCAGUGCGAUGUUUGUCGUAAAAGUUUCACAACAAAAUAUUUUUUAAAGAAACACAAGCGACUUCAUACAGGAGAAACGCCGUAUGCAUGUAGUCAAUGCAAUAAAACUUUUACAUUUCAACAAUCUUACCAUAAGCACCUUCUCUAUCACAACGACGAUAAACCCCACAUAUGCAACUACUGCGGUCGGGCUUUCAAAGAAUUAUCCACUUUACAUAAUCAUCAGCGGAUACAUACCGGGGAAAAGCCGUUUUCCUGUGAAACAUGUGGAAAAUGUUUCCGCCAGAGAGUAUCUUAUUUAGUUCAUCGAAGGAUACACACUGGAGCAAUGCCUUACAAAUGUACAGCUUGUGAAAAAAGUUUUCGGUAUAAAGUUUCUCAAAGAACUCAUAAAUGUCAAGCUCAACCACCUGGCACUGUUAUUCGACAGACUGGCGAUCUCGUGGAAAAAUUGAAAAAGAAAUAUGGUAGUUCGAAUGAGACCAUUUCGAAACAUGAAGAGAAUAAAAAUAUUAAUUACCUCGAAGUUUCCGAAGCAAAUGCAGAACUAGUUCGUACUGGAGCAAAAUUAUCUUUAGAGGACAUGGAAUCCGACAGUUUUACAAUAAUUGCAGAAGUUUUUAAGGAAAAUAAUCAUGAAAAUAUUCAAGAUUCCAAUUCUUUUGAACAAAUAACAUAUAACACAAAUGAUAGGCAAAAAUAUGAAAUAUUUGAAUCGAAUAUUGAAGAUCUAAUUGAUUCUAUGCCAGACGAUAAAAGUAUUCCAUCGCCAUCAGAAAUUUUAAAAAACUUGUGCAUAACAAGUGAUAAUAUAUACAUAUAA